AUGUCGUACCGCGACGUUUCCUCCUCACCACUAAGGGCCACGACCGCCCUUUGCCUUUCCGGAUCUCACUCAACAUGUCUUUGGGUUACAGAAUACCAACUACAACCUUCGCCUCUCAUGCCUGAUGAUCUUCUGCAAACUUAUGCGCUGCUGGUCGCCGGAAAGAAAGUAGGCAAGAAGAUGUUCGCCUUUCACAGUUACAAUGGACCCCCGAUCGAAUCUUUGGCAGGCUCAAUAUCAUUAGAAAGCCCAGGGAGCAUCGGCGAUGAUCUGAGUCUCACCUCGAUGGGCUUUGCUGACGAGGGCUUGGGCAAGAUCUUGCGGUCGAUGGCGUUGCAGAGUGUGCACGGCAUCCAGGUCGCCGGAAGCACAAGAGAUAUAGAUGUCGACGCACCCUCGAUGCUUUAA